AUGAGGCGUCUGCCAGGUGCCACUUUCGCCAUCGUGGACAUCAUCACCUUUCAUCACUCAGACCAUGUUCAUGACCGUGACCUUGACCUUGAUCGCUUCGGCAAAGCCGCGCAACCAACAGAAGCGGUACCAACGGUCUGGUCGCUAUCCGCGCCGGCAACGGCACCGGUUCUAGCACCAGCAGCUCCCAACAUGCUGAUCGACAUCAUCGAGAUGUCAUCAACCGGCGUUCAGAUGGGCAUCCACCCUUCGGACAAAUCCCGGAGCCCCAUGGCUUGCCAUUACGAUUCCAUCAGACUACGUCUGAUCGGCCGCGUUCUGGGCCCCUCCUCCCCCCCUCCCCUCCGAACUUGCCCUGCCUCGAGCCGCACAAUUGCUUCUUCCCGCCGCUGCGUCGCUACUGCCACUGCUGCGUCGCACCCAUUCCCUCUUUUGUCUCGCGCUGCUUACAUUCGGUCUGCUUAUGCACCACCCACGCGAAGCCAACCGUCAACCCACCAUUGGCCCUUGCACCCCUUCCGUCUUAGACAUGCAGAAACAUGCAGAAUGCCACUCCAGUUUCUCCUCAUGGAUGGCCUCGUUCUUGUUCUUCUCUUCCUCCACUUUUCACUUCCUCUCACGUUCUGCGGUAGCGGCAGCGGCAGCGGGAUCCUCUACUUGCCUCACUCGCCAUGCCAUGCUCUUCUCUUUCGUGUCGUGUCUUGCCCCCCUCCGUCCACCAAGACUCCUCCGUCAGGCUUUUCAUCAUUGCCCCCUCUCCAUCUCUUCUCCCACCCCCUUCAGGCUCCUCUCUCCUCUGAGCUCUGA